AUGGGCUUUUCGAAGGUUGUUAUGAUCAUAAUGUUUGGGUUGGGAAUGUCGUAUUACGGAGUUCCAUUAGCGGUUAGGGACAUCAAAGUGAACAUCUAUUUGAGCGAAGCCUUAAACGCAAUGGUAGAGCUACCUACAUUUGUUAUCACACCGAUCUUGCUUGAGAAAUUUAGCAGAAGAAGCACUGUUCUUGUGAAUUGUUUAAUCGGAGGAGCAGCAGGAGUGUUCUGUUUCGUCCUAAGCCUUUUCGGAAGAACAAACAUUGCUUUUGCUAUCGAACUUGCUUCUUUCUUCUGCGCGAGGAUUGGAUUCAAUUUGAUGGCGGUUUAUAUGGUUGAGUUGUUCCCAACAUGCGUGAGGAAUUUUGCCACAACGAUGCUCAGACAAGCGCUUGUACUUGGAGGAGUUUGUUGUCCAAACGUUGCUUCGAUUGGAACAAAUGUUCCGUCGCUCACUUUCGCGGUUUUCGGGCUUGCAAUGUCAUGUCUCGGAUUAUUCGCAAAGAGACCAAGCCUUGAAGACUAG